UUGUCGUCUUCACUGUGGACGUCUGAUUUGGUUUUUCAGAGUUUAGCCUGCAGCCGUGUUACAGUGUUUGUGUGUGUGUGUGUGUGAAUGUGUGUGUGUGUGUGUGUGUGUCAAGAGGUGAGUCAUGUGAUCAGCUGAUGUUCUCAGUUCAGUUUCGCUCAUCUCAUCAUCAAGCUGCAGACACACACACACACCGGUGUCAUGGAGCGUAAGCUGGAUCUUUCCCGUCUAACGGACGAAGAGGCCAAACAUGUUUGGGAGGUGAUUCAACGAGAUUUCAACCUCCGCAAGAAAGAAGAGGAGAGGCUCAGUGAGCUGAAGAAUAAGAUAGAGAAGGAGGACUCAAAACGAGAGCUGCUGGGCUCUCAGAGCAACUUGUCCGACUCGCUGUGUAUCCGCUGCCUGCAGCCCUUCAAGUUCCUGGUCAACAGCAAACGCCAGUGUCUGGACUGUCGCAUGUACACCUGCAAGUCCUGCAGCCGCUACAACAAGAAGGAGCACGGCUGGGUGUGCGACAACUGCCGCAUGAACAGGGUGCUCAAGAUCGGGACUCUGGGUUGGUACCAUGACAACGUGAGAAACCGUUUCAAGCGCUUUGGUAGCGCCAAAGUGAUGAGGUCAUUGUACAAGAGGCUGAACGGAGAAGGUGGGCGUGAUGAUGACACCCAGAGUAUGCCGGAUGUCCACAAUCACGCAUAUAAUGGCAAUGAGGAUGAUCAAGGAGAAUUCGAGGGUCAGCGCUACAAAGUGAUGAGGAAGAACAAACGUCUGCUGUCUGUUCAUCCUAUGGACUUUGACAAUGAGGAUUAUCUGCCUCACUCACGGCGUCCGUCUGUGCAGCAGGAUGAUCGGUACUAUAGGAAUGACGUGGACUACGACCAUUACAGCCACAGAGGAAACCGCAGGAAGAGCCUGGACCGAUACGCCAUGAGACCUGAUGACAAUGGAGAGAAUCGGAUGGUCCGGACUCGCUCUCUGUCCAAGAUCACCUCGUCGGUGGCUCGGCAGCAGUACGUUGACACGUCAGACGAGGAAGAGUACCAGAGGUACCCGCAGAUGUACCAACAACCACCUCACCGCCGAAGGGGCAGUAGAACCUCCUCCCAGGAGAACCUGGGACAAGCCCCGCCGAUAAAUGAACUGAGCAAACGAAUGUCAGCCAUCGAGACUCUGCUGAGCCGCCUGGAGGAAAAGAUUACGCCUGGUGUAAACGAGCAGGCAUCAAAUCCAUCAGCUCAGAAUGAGGAGGAGAAACUGAGAAGGAAGCUUAGUGAGCUGGCGGGGAACCUGAGUGAUAAGGGCCCGUCAUCAGAUGACGAGGCUGGGAAGAAGUCCUUCUCUGUGGGUAAAGGUUUGACCAGACUGAAGGGUGGCCCAGCGAUCGCUCUGAACUCCCGGAAGGACAAAGAACUGAGCUCAUCCAGUGAUGAGAUGCCCACUGAGGCUCAGAAGAGAUCGACUGCCGCCGCCCUCUGUGACCUCACCACUGAGGUCCUGAGAACCAUUAAUGCCACAGAAAACGCUAUGGUCGAGUACGGCCUCUCAGAGCCGAUCGACAGGUCCCACUUAGUAGGCACUGACGUAAAGCAGGCCGAUGAUGCGUUCAGGGAACUUGAGGAAAAUGUGUACAUCACGGCCGGUCAGUCCUAUGAGCUGGAGUCGAAGCUGCGGCAGCUCGAGCAGAGCGCCAAGAAUCAGUUUGGAGGGACAACGGACUCAGAACUGUCAGAGCUUGAGGACGUGGUGGCACUGACCGCCGCCAGAGUCCAGAGUGCUGAGAGCGAGGUUUCUGAUAUUGAGAGUAAAAUCGCUGCUCUGAGCGCCGCCGGAUCCAAGAAGAAGGUUUCAGGAACUCAGAGGAAAAAGUCGACUCAGGAUUUUCAGAAAGCUAACGGCACUCAGUUGAAAUCCAGCAACAUGUUCUGACGCAGAAACACACCUUCAGAAGCUGCUGCUCGCUCCUCUUCCUCAUGAAGCCUUCAUCAGACUGAACACUUAAAGAGCAACUUUUAUCUGUAACUGCUGCUGCUUUUGUGUUAGAAACAUAACACACGAUUACAGCUGGUUGAUUUAGACAAAAUAUGAGAAAACAUGAAAAAGUACAUGAAUAAAGUACUAAAUGAAUAUUCAAA